ACUCGAGGUGGCCCAUAUACUGCACUUAGCAAAAUUGCAUACUCCCGUCCGAGUCAUGUUCUUCGGCUGAUGCAAUUAAACGACUGAAUUACUGUGGUUGCAUCAGGCAGUACAUUACAGUGUACACUUAUAAAUACUCGUGGGCACAUAUAUUUUGGAAAACUACGUUUCGAGAAGAGCACAAUGACAGAGGUAUUCGCCUUCAGUCCUACAACUGUGUUGCUGUGUGUGGUUGUGCUCGUUUUGUUAUGGCUACUAACGCGGCGACCCUCUGGGCUCCCUCCCGGCCCCCCUCUCCUCCCGUUUUUGGGGAAUGCCCUCUCCAUGGACUCCGAUCCCCGGAUUACGUUUAAGAAACUCAGGCAACAAUAUGGGGACAUCUUCAGUGUGUACCUGUUCAACACACCACUCAUCGUCCUCAACGGUUACAGCACUCUGAAAGAAGCUAUUGUCAAGAACGGCGACGUCUUUUCUGAGAGGCCUCACAUCACACUAAAUGACUUCGUUGCAAGAGGAAAAGGUGUUGCUGGAACCUCUGGUGAUCUCUGGCGCGAGCAAAGACGCUUCGCCCUCAACACUCUCAGGGAGUUUGGAGCAGGCAGGAAUAUCAUGGAGGACAAAAUACACGAGGAAAUCUCACAGUUUCUCGAGGCCUUCGAGGCAGAACAAGGGCAAGGCUUUGACUGCAAACGCCUGGUGCACAACGCAGUGUCCAAUGUCAUCUGUUCCACUGUAUUCGGCAAACGAUUUGAAUAUACUGACCCGCUUUUUAUUACAUUUUUAAAAGCCAUGGACGAAAAUGCUGCCAAUGUUGGCGUGGCUGGAGUGUUGAAUGUGCUGCCUAUUGUUCGCUUUCUGCCAGGAGAUCUAUUCAAAUUUAAGAAGACAAUGCAGAAUGUCGAGAAAAUCGAAUCACUGCUCAUAGACCCUAUGACAGAGGAACACUUGAAGAAUCACGACGAUGACAACGUGGACGACUUCAUCCACGCCUACAUCAAGGAAAUGAGACUUCGCAAAGCGAAACAAGAGGACACGACCUUAGACUUGGAGAACCUGCAAAGAGUUAUAGCAGACCUCUUUGUGGCUGGAACGGAAACCACGGCUACUACAAUACGAUGGACCAUGGUCUACUUACUCAACAAUCCGGAAAUACAGGAAAGGUGUUUCCGAGAGAUCCAGGAACAUAUCGGCCAGAGUAGGCGUCCCUCCAUGAAGGACAAGAUCAACCUGCCCUACAUGGAAGCAACCAUUAUGGAAGUCUUGAGACGAGCUGAUAUCGCCCCUACAGCUCUCCCUCACACCGUUCCCCACGAUGUCCAGUUCAGGGGUUUCACCUUCCCAAAAGGUGUCCAAGUCAUAGCGAUGCUUGAUUCAGUCCUACAAGACCCGGAUGUGUGGGGUGAUCCAGACAACUUCCGGCCUGACCGUUUCCUUGACGCCAGUGGCAAGAUCGUAAAGAAAGAUGAGUUCAUUCCCUUCUCUCUGGGUCGAAGGGUUUGUCUGGGUGAGGCCAUGGCUCGGAUGGAGUUAUUCCUUUUCUUGACCACCAUGAUCCAGAGGUUCAAGUUCAUUCCGGUGGAUGGCCAGAUGCCUUCUUUGGAUGGAAUCAUGGGCAUAACCCAUUCUCCAAGACCAUUCGGCAUGAAAGCCAUUCCCAGAGUUUAAUCACUCUAUGCGAGUGAGUGGGUAGUGUUAAGGCUGCAUUGAGCAACUAUCCAGCUAGGUAUUGUCUGUUUUUAACAAUACAUGAUCCCAACACAUACUGUAAUCCAGAGAGAUAGAAAGAUUUUUUCUAGUCAUGUCACUGAAAGCCCAAGGAGUUCACGCUCAGGCCUUUAUGUCCGCCGUCCGUCGUAUAAAUCGUCGUAAAGAAACCAGAUGACCAAUGAAACUGGAAGUUGCCACACUUAUUUCCACCACUGAUGAUACUUCUCUUUCCACAAGUUCGAAUCUGAUAUUGGGCAUAGCUGCCUCAGCAGUUAACAAUGUGAAAACAAUAUUUAUGGCCGCUGCUAAUUACUCUUGCAUGAUCUCGAAAUCCAUUAUUGUUUGUGCUAACAUCUCUGCAAUGGUGAAUGGGGAUACAGUGAUUGUGCUGACGACGACACCAUGUUUCUUAUGUAUAUCAUUUGGAUUUUACUGUGUCUUUUGUGAUUCAAUAAAAAUACUGUGCUGUU